AGCACACACAGUACAUUGCACUACAGUAGUAGUAGUAGUAGUAGAUCUAAUCACUCUCAUUUGCUCAGAAUGAACCGAACUUUCUCUUCUAAGAUCCCAAAGAAACCUUCUCCAGCACCGCCAAAGGUCGAUGGAAGCACUGACAAGACCAAGAAAAAGAAGAAGAAGAAGCAGAGUCCCACUCGAAACCCUUUACAAGAUUUCAAUGCCAUUUCCACCAUCUCCAGCAGUAGCCAUGGCAGUGAGUCUUCUUCUGUGUCCAUUGAAGCUCCCAGAGGCUGCCUCAGGUUCUUUCUCUCUCACCAUUCUUCUUCUUAUUCUACUUCUAAUUCUACUUCAAAUUCGAAAAGCCCUUUUGAUAGAUACAAAACUGUGUCCAAAACACCCAGAUCAGCCCCUAAUGUGAUGGUUUCAAAGCUAUCCAAAUCUAAGCCCUCAAGGGAGAGCAAACUGUCAAAAUCAAACAUUGAAGAAAACCCAGAUAGACCCAUAUCACAGAAAGCACAGAAAAUUAAGAAAAACCCACCUUGCUUGUACCAAUGGCAAUCUGGGGAGAAACCCAGUUCCAAAACCGGGCAAAGAUUGAAACUUUCUUCUGUUCUAAACAAUAGUGAUGAUUCUGUGAAUAAGUUGGCAUCUGGGUCUGAAGUAGAAGGACUUGUGAGGGUGGUUAGUCAUUUAGGUGAGGCCACUGAGCUCAAACCAUGGGGUGCUGCUGAUGCAACUUGUACUCCUUUGAGUAAGAUAGCAAGUGGGUCAGGUUUCGAUAGUGAAGUUGGUAAGGUUGUGGAGGAGAACUCAAACAGGAGCAAUAGUAAGACACCUCCGGUUCUGCCCUCGGUGUCGCCUGAGAUACAAUGUGGAUCAUCUGUGGUGUCUACAACGAUAACGCCUUCUUGUUAUGCUGCUGGCCCCAUGGUUUCUGGGGUCACUGACAAGAGGAAAUGUAGGCCUAGAGGGAUUCUAGCUAUUGGAGAAAAUGAUGACUUUGGUAAAGUUAAGCCUUUUGAUAGUUUUGAUGAUGAUAAUGAUGAAGAAAAUGUUGUAGGGGUUGGUGAUGAGUCACUCGUGAUCCCUGAACCUGCUGAGGCUUCAGUGCAUUGGCUUUUAUCUCCAUGUAAUGAGGAGGAUGAGGAUCAGAGGGAGAAUUCUGAAAAUAUGUCAUGCGGAGCUGAGAGGCCGGCAGGGUCUACCAUACUAGCUAAGUGGGGUUCCAAAACAGUAUUUACAGAAAACUAA